AUGGCCACAGGAGUCUCGCUGGAUGCCCCCGUCAGCAAAAUAUUCAAUAUUCUUAGCGAUUUGUUUGAUCGCGGACCGGCACCUUCCCUGGCCCUCGAAACCUUCUGGAGCCGACGACAGUUAACGACAGAGUCAGUCGACACGUACACCGGGGCCUUACGCGAGUUAGUCCUCAGGGCCUUCCCAAAUGAGUCCCCCGGCCAGCGUGAAAUGGAGGUUCUUAAGCGCUUUACUCUAGGUGUGCGGAACGCUGAACUGUACUCGAAAUUUGUGCGCAAGCAAUAUACCUCGCUACAGAAAGCGCUGGAAGUGGCACGCGGUUACGAAGCUGCGGAAGUGGCCCUACGUCAGCUAGCCUCAACCCACCUCUUAGCAGUGGCUGAGCACUGCCCGUCCAGCCGUCGGACACAACGCCACUCAGCGGGUGAACGCCAGAAUUCCCAGGCUAACUGUCCAUACUUUCGACGAUUCGGCAGGCGGGCCCAGCGUUGCGGUCACAAUCCACCGAUUAGCCCCUGUUUACGUCCGGUAGGUCUUCUUUUAGUGCUGUUGGUCUUCCAUCCUUGGCAGUUCUUCCUCGCAGUGCUCGCACAUCUCUUACUGUGCCGGGCACCCUUAAUGGUCGUAUGGUUUCGUUUUUGCUGGAUACGGGCGCUUCUUGUUCUGCGAUUUGUUCGAACCUUCGGUGGAUGAACUACGAACCUUCCCCCCGACUUGCCCAGCUUUCGGCGGCCAACGGCUCUGUCCUCUGUCCGGACGGACAAGCGUGCUGCUCCGUGACCAUAGGGGAUUUUAUGAUGAAACACACCUUCGUAUGCGCGCGCAUCCAGUGGGACGUGAUUCUGGUUAUGGACUUCCUAGAUCGCCAUCACGCCUCUAUUGAGCUCUCUCCCCUCAGAAUCUGUCUGGACGGUACCGAAGUUUUCCUGGCAGACACCCUCGCAGUGAUUAAUGACGGACCGUGGUGGACCCCUCUUCUCUCUGGGUUUGUAAUUGACGAGUCAUCACACCAAGCUGUUGUUCGGCUUCUAGAUGAGUUUGCCGUUCAAUUCGACGUCAAUAACAGAUCUUUGAGGCAUACAAAAGUCCUUCAGCAUUGCAUUGACACAGGGGACGCCCGACCUAUCCGCCAGGCUCCUCGACGUAUCCCUAUUUAUUAUCAAAAGAACAUGGAAAAAUGAUUCAAGAUAUGUUGAACAGAAGUAUUGUACGACCAUCUUCUUCCCCUUGGGCGUCGCCUAUUGUUCUCGUUAAGAAGAAGGAUGGGACCCUCCGCCUAUGUGUCGAUUACCGGCGGUUGAACUCCGUAACCAACCGGGACUCUUUUCCUCUGCCUCGCAUCGAUGACACCAUUGAUGCUCUGUCAGGAGCUGCGUGGUUCUCUACCCUAGAUCUGGCAUCUGGUUAUUCGCAGGUUGAAGUUCACCCAGCUGACCGGGCGAAAACGGCCUUUGUGGUACCCUCUGGCCUCUAAGAGUUCAAUAUGAUGCCUUUUGGCCUGGCGAAUGCUCCGGUCCCAUUUCAACGGCUUAUGACAACGGUGUUGCGUGACAUAACCCCGACGGCCUGUUUGAUUUACCUUGACGAUAUUAUAGUCCACGGAAAGACGGUUAAGGAGCAUAAUGCACAUCUUUGGGAGGUUUUAUUGCGACAGAGAGAUGCGGGUCUUGUGCUACGGACAGAUAAAUGUAAACUUCUGCGGAACCAGACCCUGUUUCUUGGGUACAUCCUGUCGCCCUCGGGUAUACACCCAGACCCGGACAAGAUAUCCCACAUAUGGGAAUGGCCGACACCCAAGACGUGCCAGGAAGUCCGUAGUUUUCUCGAUCUUGCGUCCUACUACAGGAAAUUUGUUCGUGGGUUCGCUGGCAUCGCCGCACUCCUUCACCGGCUGACCGAAAAGUCUAGACCUUUCCUGUAGACUAAAGAGUGUGAGGCAGCUUUCGAUCAGCCUAAACGUGCUUCGACAUCCCCUCCGAUCCUCAGCCUCCCGGAUGUUUCUCCAUCUGCCGGUGAGUUUAUUCUCGAUACUGAUGCCAGCGACAGAGCAUCGGAGCUGUCCUGUCUCAGCUGA